AUGGCAUCUUCAGCUCCGGCCUCCAACCCCGUCCUCGACGCUCUUCCCGCCCGGCCGCCGACUCCUCCUCGAGAAUCACGAGCUUCCAUGAAGACCGCCGCCGGUCGACCGUUCGACCCUCGACUAAAUCUGCAGACACCGCCUGGUGCAAACACACCUUCGUUGACCGGGGCAACCAACUCCAACUCGACCUCGAAGCGCAUACGGAAGAAGGUCGAGUGGUCAAGUCAUACCGAGUACAAAGACCCGCCCGAUUAUCGCGACUUGGCCAAAUAUUUCAGGUCAUCGCCGCUGUCUGCUCCCUCAUCCGCCUCCUCAAGACCCGUCAAGGGCAUCCUCAAGCCAUCUGCAUCCCCGAACCCUCUCGCAUCGCCUCUCAAUGGCCAGUUCAAUGGUCUCACAUCCCAAGCUAGCAUUGCCGAGAUGUUGGACUCAACCAUCAAGCAACUGGCCGGCUCCGACCGGGCCUCGCGGCUCGAUGCCUACAUGAUGCUCUCUCGUGCCCUCAAGGCCUCCAACAAUCUGCCUGAUCGGAUCGCCUUGCAGGACAAGAUGAGUCUCUUCAUGUCAUUUAUCGAACGCGACGUCAAGGCCAAGAACGAAAACGGAUCUCUUGACACGACCCUCAUCAUACACGCUCUCAACCUUCUCUCGACUUUCCUUCAUUUCCCGGCGAUCGCCUCGACCCUCACUUCGGAUUUUGGAGUCUUCGUCAUGGAUCACUGUAUUCGAUCUUUCGCCGACCCAUCUCUGCCAAAAGACCUCGCCCGCCAUUUGAUGCAAGUGGUUGCUUUCCAAAGUUUCGCUCCCAAGGUCGUAACUCUGGAUCGAGUUGGCCGUCUCGUCACUUCUCUACACAAGAUCGAGGACCACCUGACAGGCAAAAGCAUCGUCAUGGGCCGCAUCCAAAUCUACAAGCGGCUUAUCAAGCAAUCACGGAAUCACAUGGCCGUCCACACUGACUGGUUGGAGGAUAUGUUUACAGAUAUGUUGAGCACGAUUCGAGAUAUCCGAGCACAAGCCAUCAGCUUGGGUACUGAAGCUGGCUUUGCACUUCGAAACGAGAAGCAUGUCAUGCGCAAGGUGAACGAGAUACUGCAAACCACAGAUGAAGAACAGACCUACAUCGAGUUCUACAUUCGGAAACUGGAGAGCAUGCUUAAGGAGAAGCAAUGCUUGUCUUCUGUACCCCAAAUCUGGGGUGUUGUCACACUCUUCCUUCAAUGUCCACUCAACAGGUGGCAGUAUUUUAAUUCGUGGUUCAAGAUUGCCCAGGACGCCUUCAACACAACCGACAUGCAAACCAAGCAAGAAGCGAAUUACGCAUGGAACAGAUAUGUCUAUCUUUCCAUAACCAACAGCAAGAUGCCACCCAAGUCCUUGGCAUUAUUGGGUCAACCCUUGGCGAGUCAAUUACGAAGAAAAUUCAGCUCAAAACAAGCGGACGAUGCGAUGAAGCUUCGAAGAACAGUCAUUGGCGGAAUCUGCAACCUCUACUACUACGCCUUUCGCCCUAUUCACGACAGUUCUUGGACCGAUGCCGCCUGGGACUUUGUUCUUCACCCUGUCAUAGCACAGCUGAUCAACGUGGAUGGGAAGCCCGACGUGUCUGCCGAUUCAGUGACACAUGCUUCACGUAUUGUGACUGGCCUUCUGGAUGUUUCGACCCCACGAAGUUGGAAAGAAGAUCGCAUCAGGGAAAUGCCCCUGAUAAGCCCUGACGAGUUGCCCUCAAUAGACCCCAGAUGGACUCGACGGAAUUCCGAGAAAGUCUUCCAGCUUGUCGGCCCAAUCCUGGAAAAGAAGUUCAUUGAUCUGGCAAACAAGGAGAGUUUGGCAUACAGACUCUGGCAAGCUUUCGUUGGGUCGAUUGCCGCUGCCUCAGCAAAGGACAUCAAAGUAGCCGACGACACGGCAAGAUUCAUUGCUCAGUCUUUUGAUAUCUUGUCAAAAAUGUGGUCCAAGGGCUUACCUGAAGGCUCCGAAUCACUUGCUACCAAGUUCCUUUCAAGCAUUCACCACUACGUCGAUGUCCUUGUUUCCAGCCUCGGUCUCCUCCCCUUUACCGAGAAGAGAUUCUCCGUAUCCCUUGCCAACACCUUUGAGCCUGCCUCAACACCAUCAAGUCGACAUGACCGAGCAGAAAAGUCAAGCGGUACUGCUCAGGCACCGGUCUACCACCUCUUCUCCAUGCUCUCUUCGAUCCCUCCUGGCGCAACCGACAACGAGGAUCUGGCCGAGUGCUUUCUAUCCAUCUUUGAGCCAUUUUUCCACGACAAGAGCAUGAGAGUCCGUGUGGAAUUGUCUCGGGAUAUGCUGCGACUGUUGCCUCGAGACACACUCUCCCCUUAUGGCCCUUGGGUUCUGGCCGCGCAGAAUAUUCGCUUGCUUCUGGAUCAAAGCUACGUUUCAUCGGGCUCUCAUCCUUCGAGCAGUGAAAGAUUACUUGGGCCCGAAUAUCGAGAAAUCGUUUCCCUCCUGGAGCGUGGCCUCGUAUCUCACCCUAAGCUUCCCUCACCGCAGUGGUUCUCUCUCUUCGACUUACUCUCGGAUCAUGUCGUUCAAGAGUGUGGUGAUGCCGGCCGGGCACUUGGUCUCGUCGAGCCCCUGGCAAAGAUUGUUGCCGACAACUUCUUCGAAACUGAGGAACAGUCAAACCAGAUGGCUCUAGCUGUGGCGACAGCACUCUUCAAGACUGCAAGGCUUCCCCGUGAUCGCCAAGCCGUGGAGGCCGCUCGACGGCGUUUAUGGGGUGCACCACCGACUGUAUCUCGAUCAACCUCAUUUGAUCCUUUCCAGUACCUGUACCAGGUCCAGGACCGAAGCAUGAAGUUCUUUUAUGAACACUACGAAAAGAUGGGUGAUGGCGGUUCACUGGCGUCUUUCUUUGAGGUUGUUGAUACUUUCAUGACAGCUUCCUUCCCUCAAACUGGUGUCAAGAUCUUGUCCAAGUUACAAGAUGGACUUUCUCCAUGGAUUCAGGACGCAAAGGCUCAGGUCAAACUGAGUGACGAGUCCCCCUUGUCCAAGGCAUUGAGAACUAUCUGGGACAAUGUUUGCAGCCAACUAUUGAGUCUUGGCCGUCUGGAGGAUAAGGACCUCAACACCAUCGAGCCCCUUUUUUCCGCCGGUUUUAAGAGCAGGCACCGACAUGUGGUAAACAAGAUGGCUGAAACGUGGAAUGCCUUGGUCAAAGAUGAAGAGAACCUGGACUGCUCUGAUAGUCUCAAGUCAAUCAUUGCUUCUCUUCGGCCAAUGGUGGACGUUUCUUUCCCUGGCAUGGAGGAAUCCAGUGGCGAGUUUGGCGCCCAAGCCCAGUCCUUUGUUGACUCACAGGAGGACUUGAGCUUCGUUGCUCUCUCGUCCGCCAAGUCAUCUGGUCAUGGUGUUGACCAAGCAGUCUCCCCGGCACCAUCAAUUACGAAAAUGAGCCUGAGGGGUGCUUCGGCCCGCAAGCGUCGGCGAGAUGCCACCCCUGAGGUGAUACAGAUGAAGCCAGCCAAGCGGACGAACACGCCUCGUCUCCGACAUGACAAUUCACAGAUCCAAUUUGCUCCGAUUGUUUCCUCCCCAUUGGUCGAAGAGUCUCAACAUCUCACCGAAAGGCAAAAGGAGGUCCGCCAGCGGCAGCAGGAGAAUGCCGCGUUAUAUCCCAGUAUUAGGUCCAGUCCCCGAACUCGAUCCCGAGCUGCUGUCGAGGAGCAAGAAAAAGAAUCCGACACAAAGAAGACGAGAAACCUGGAGUCCACACCCGAACGACCUGCUUCGUACGAGGACUUUAUCACCUCAACGCCGACUCCUCGGCGUGGACAAGCUUUACAGUUGGAGGGCUUCAACGACCCACCAUCAUCGCCACCAGAUCCUAGACGGAACCCGCUCCUUUCCGAGAUUCAGACCCGAUCAAAGGCCAAGAGUUCCCUUGAGAGUUGGCAAUUCUCUUCGCCUCCAGGUUCACCCUCCAACAGCCAGCAACCCGCCGAGUCCCAACCUGAGCCGCCAGCUCCGUCGAGCACCAAGAAGUCCGGCAAGAGCUCACGAUCAAGGAGGCGUAGAAAAUCGAGGGCAAGUUCUCUGGCCAACGAGGAAGUUAUUCCUUCGAGUGUGCCGGUGGAGGAAGAUGUGACAGAUCUGUCCAUUCUUCCGGAUGCGGGCGAUCUUGCAGACGUGGAGGAACAGAAGGAAGAAACAGGCGAAUUCCUCACAGAGGAGCACCCCACCACACCUCCGCAAGCGAUGUCACCUGUUGCCCAAGUUCAAGAUACACCAAAAUCUGGGGACGACGAAUUCGUCGAUGCUAGGAGUAGUCCUGAGGAGGCGUCAAAUGAGCAGCCACCUGCAGCACUUGUGGAGGUGGUCUCAAGCCAGAACCAGGACUCCUCCUUUGCACUUAGCGAAGGUGACGAGAGCAGUCUUAUGAGAUUCGUGGUGGAGCUUGAGUCAAGACGAUGCAACCUUCCUUUCGACAAGGUCAACUCGGCAUCUGCCUCCCCGGAGAAGAUGCGUAUGGCGCCGGCCACGGAAUGCAUCGAAGUGCAGGGAGACUCGUCGCCCGAGAAGCAGAGCACCACCAAGAGACCCUUGUCGCCGCCGGUGAUCCCCUCUACACCUAUCGGUGCGGGCUCUGAGAACCCGGAAAGUCAAAGCCACAGCAAGAGCCAGGGUGGAAGCAAGAGGAAGAGGAAGAGAAGUGCAAAGAUCGAGACUCUUCGCAAGAGAAGACGGUCAGCCGACCCCCGGGGUUCGGACCAGGGUGAAGAGAGCCAACAGACAUCCCAAGAUACUGGUUCGCCUAUGCCAACGCCAUCGGUCCGACGGUCGUCUAGGCGAAAUGCCGGACAGAAGGGCAAGAAGCUGCAAGGCAAGGAUACUCAGGUAUCGUCAACUGAGGAGUCCCCCACACCUCAAGCGAAGUCGCCCCCAGCAAAAUCGAACGACGCAACUGGAGUUCGGGACGGCGGUGAUACGGAUGAAGAGCUCAUGUCACAGCUGGUCACGGAGUCUUUUGCAGCCUCACAGUCCCAGCAGGAGGCGGAGCCUGAAGUGCCAAGUGCAGUGAUUGAGGACUCUAUGGAAGUUGUGUCGGCGGAGGAUGAGUCUCCACCAGAGGUUGCCGACGAGGCAGCCAAGGCGGAGAGCGAGGAGGUACCUGAAGCACCCGAGGAUCCUGAGGCAUCAGAGGCGGGCAAGUCCAACACAAUCAUGGACGUUCUACGUGGGGGAUUAGAUCAACUCCGCGGAGCAGCACUGUCACGCGAAGACGUAUACCAGCUGGAAGACAUGUUGAUGGAUAUGAAGCGAGAGCUCUUUGAGGCAGAGCGACGAGGAAGACGUUGA